ACACGCUCAGUGAUCUACUACGAGGCUUUCGUGGUCGGUACAACUUCUACUACGUCCCUUUGACCUUUCGCACUAGGACGAGCAUUGGUUAUGCUUUCGUUAAUUUUGGUACUCCCAGUGAUGCCUUGGAGUUCUAUGAUCAAUUCAAUGGUGUACAAAUCAGUGAUGAUAAACAUAUGGUUGUUGUAAGUGCCCAUGCUCAAGGUCUAGAGGCUCAAAUAAGACUACUACGCAACAGUCCUGUCAACACCAACA